UCUUUCUCGCAGCCUUCAAAGAUAAACUCUCAGCUCGCUUUGGGUUUUUUAUUUGGCAGUAAAGAGGUGUUUAGUCCGAAAGCACAAACGGUUAUUUCGCGUGUUUUUUGGGGUGUUUCCGGUCCCCGCUGUAGCUAAAGUGAGCGCGUGACAGUCAGCGCGUGACAGUCUGGGGCGUGACGAGGACGAAGGUUCACACAUGUCAAGGCCGCGGUCCGGAUCGCCACGUUACAGAAGGUUCCCGUGGGACGAACCAGACUUCGAUCCUCACAAAGCUAACGGGGGUCCGUCGGCGAGGAGCCACCGCUCCCGAGAAGACGCCGAAGACCACUGGAACUACUUUGGGGAGGACAUGCGCCCCGACGCCCAGAGGAGAUCCCCCCUGUUCCCAGAUGACCGGCACUUUGGGCAGCAGCGCCAUCCGAACCAGGAGGAGUUCUACCGGCGGAGGCCGUCGCCACAUCACAGUGUGACGAGCUUUGAUGAAGACCCCGUGCCCUCUCCGCUGCGUGAUGAUGGAGGAGGCAGAGGAAGAGGAAGAGGAGGGAGCGGAGACCGGCGCAGAGGAGGCUUUCGAGAGCUCUUUCAGAGAUUUGAAAACAGACCGAGGUUGGCUCCGUCACCUCCGAGGGUGAUGAGGGAAAAGCUGCCGCCGGCACCGAGGGGCCACCCGGACCACCAGCAGAGGGAGCCGGGCAGGGGGCGAGGGAGGUUCAGGGACCUCAGUCCUGGUGGGAGGCUGGAAGACCAAAGAGGGGGAGCAGGUAGGGAGAGAGGAAGGAGGCCCCCACAGGGCCCCAGCAGAGACAAACGGAGAGAGGAGGCCCUCCCGGAGAGGAACCCCGCCUUUAAAAGGCAGAGGAGAGAAAUGGAUGACGGCGCUCACCUGGGGUUCAGACAUGAGGAGGACUUUGGGGAGCAGCGUUACUCGGGCGACGCCCCCAAAGAUAAGUUUGGAGGCGGCGCCCGGCACUCGGGGCCGCUCGUCGUGGAGCACGACCACGGCAUCGCGGGCGGCGGGGGGAAGCCGCCGCGGUGGGACCCCGGCCAGGACUUUGAGCGGCCGAGGAGCCCCCCGCCCCCCCGCCCGGCCGGCUCGGCUCCGGAGCGCUUCGGGGCGCCGGAGGAGCGGGGAGACGCCAGAGGACGCCACUUCCAAGACGCCUGGAGGGACUCCGACUAUCACGACGCCAAGAGGAGCGCCGCGCCGCCGCCGGACCGGCCCAACGCCGCCCGAUACGGCCCGGCGGCCCACGGGGGGAGGGGGGGGCCCCCCCACCCGGCGAGAGGCCAGAUCGGCCGCGGCCAAGGCGGCAGAACCGGACCGCUCCGGACUCAGCCGCGCUCACAGCCGUCCUCCCAGGGGUACCAAGAUCUUCCUCGCGAAGAGCAGAGACCGGCGUGCCGACCCUUCAGGGGAGACGCCUUCGAGGAGCCCGCCGACGGGGAGCCCGACUGGGCGGAGGGGGAGGGGGAGGGGCCCCGGAGGCCUCAGAGGAGCGACCCGGACCCCAAGAUGCCUCGCCAGAGGGAGCGAGGCUGGAGCGAGCAGAAGAGCGGCGCCGCCGAGGAAACGCUCACCAUCAAAGUCGACAUGAGCCGACCGCUCAACAACAACAACAACAACAACAACAACAACAGCUCGCCCAGCUUCUCGUCCGACCGGCAGCUGGCGGUGGACCUCGCCCACGUCGGCCGCCAGCGGCUCGACUUCCUGCCCAUGCUGGAGCACUCGGGGACGUACCGCGAGUCCUCGGUCCACACCGCCAGCUUCGCCCGCCAGAUCAUCAGCCUGGUGCACCUGGUGAAGGAUCAAUACUUCCGAGGCGGCGGCGUCUCCCUGAACGAACGAUUCUCAACGGUCCGAAAAGACGUUUACGCCCAAGAAGAGUCGGAGGAGCUGACGCUGGACCAACGCUUCAGCGCCAACCGAGGCUUCAGCUUUAAUCUCGACUCUCUGCUCGACGAAGACGAGCCGUUGUUCUCCAGGCUCGGCCCUCUGCAGCCGGUCCGAGGCCCGGGCGACCUGAGGCACGACCUGGAGAGGAGGCGCCAGGAGCGUCUGGAUGGGGUCACGGUCACGAUAUCGGGGAGCGGCGCGGCGCAGCGCCCCCUGGGGCCCGGCAGCAUGCCGAGCUUCGAGUACAGCGACCAGGACGAGCCGACGCAGGAGGACGACGAGGAGGACGGGUUCUCCAACUGGAUGGAGGACACCAGCCGGAGACGAGAAGGUCACGAGGCUCCGAGGAGAGGAGCUCCGUACGCUCAGCGCAGGAACUCUCGCCCUGUCAGCCGAGUCGACGCCGAGAGAUCCAACCGGAGCGGAGCCGCAGGUCCUAACAACAACAACAAUAACUGGUGACUGAACUCUUGACCUCGUGAAAGAAUGAAAUGAGUGUAAACCGAUGAAGAGGAGCAGCGGCGAUGAAGAGCUCACAUUCUCUCCAUCUUUCUUUCUCACGUCUCUGUUCUUUUUGUCUUUAUUUCAAACUGUUUUCAGUUCUGAGCCGACGCUGUUGAGCUGCUCACUGACGUUGUUGUUGUUGUCUCGGUGUCACCGCCUCGGCUGCGGCUGAAUAAAUUCAACACUCGUCACA